AUGGCUCGGCAUCCACACUGCCGCCUGCUCAUCGGCUCGGCAUCCAGACUGCCGCCCGCUAGUCAGCUCGGAAUCCAGACUGCCGCCCGCUCAUCGACUCGGCAUCCACACUGCCGCCCGCUAGUCGGCUCGGCAUCCAGACUGCCGCCCGCUCAUCGGCUCGGCAUCCAGACUGCCGCCCGCUCAUCGGCUCGGCAUCGACACUGUCGCCGGCUCAUCGGCUCGGCAUCCAGACUGCCGCCUGCUCAUCGGUUCGGCGUCCAGACUGCAGCCCGCUCAUCGGCUCCGCAUCCAGGCUGCCACCCGCUCAUCGGCUCCGCAUCCAGGCUGCCGCCCGCUCAUCGGCUCGGCACCCAGACUGCCGCCCGCUCAUCGGCUCGGCACCCAGACUGCCGCCCGCUCAUCGGCUCGGCACCCAGACUACCGCCCGUUCAUCGGCUCGGCAUACAGACUGCCGCCCGCUCAUCGGAUCGACAUCCAAACUGCCGCCCGCUCAGCGGCUCGGCAUCGACACUGCCACCCGCUCAUCGGCUCGGCAUCGACACUGCCGCCCGCUCAUCGGCUCAGCAUCGACACUGCCGCCCGCUCAUCGGCUCGGCAUCCACACUGCCGCCCGCUCAGCGGCUCGGCAUCCACACUGCCGCCCGCUGA